AUGGAAGCCCAAACUGCGAAAGACAAAGAUGCCCUUACAUUCGAGAGGGAAAUGCGCAAUAAGCUCGCCUACCUUGAGCAACUCAUCACGGAUUCGAAAGACUCCGUAAUGAGUGCAAUAAAGACCGAAACUCUCUCCCCAAGCCACGGCCAUCUGCAGCUUAAUGUUGUACAUCAAGGAAGCGGCGACGAGGAAAUCCGAGGGGUUCGCGGAGAAAAUGAUAUUAUCGAGGGCAAUGCAAACUUUAUGGAAGGAGUUGAUGAGCCCGAUGAAGCAGAAGAUGUCGAGACGGAUGAAGAAGCAGACGCGGAGAAGAAUUCGCCGAAGCAGAAGUCGAAGAGCCCGACGAGGAAGAAGUCGUCGAAGCGAUUGGAAGAAGAGAUUGCUGAAGAAGAGAUUGGCGAAGCAGAUGUUGAAGAGCCCGAUGAGGAGGAAAAUUUUGAGGCAGAAAAUGAGGGUGCCGACGAAGGACAUAUUCAUGAGAGACAGUGA